AUGGCUUCAUCAUCUCCUCCAUGCACCGGCACCCAACCUCGGGAUGUUGAUAAUGUCGAUCGCGGUGUUACUGGAAAUCCAGCACCCUUUGCAGAUGGCUACGAUAUGGCUCUCAGAUUCAACACCGACGGCCUCGGCCUCACAUACAUCGGCAUUGUCAUAGCAUGGACUUGCCUCUUACUCCCAACAGCAAUCUGUCUCCUACGAAAUCGACAUAUUCCUUAUCUACGCAUCCGGAACAUGCCUUUGGCAAUCAGCGCUGUCGCUACUCUCCAUGUGUACUGGGUCUUGUGUAUGAUUGCUUACGUUCUCAAUGGGUACUUCCCUUGUUCCACCGAGUACUGGGUAAUGAGCAUCUACCUUCCCUUGGGUAUCGCCCUUUUCCAUGCCACGAAUUCUCAGCUGCUUUCUGUCGCUACAGCACAGAAACGAUAUGCCCAAGGUAACCUUCUUGUGGAACCAAGACCGAAAUCCAAUCCCAAGCUACGGGGCUGGCGCAAAUGGUGGGAAAAACUCAAGGCGUAUAAUGCUACAAAGAACACGAUGGCAUGGAUCGGGAUUGGCAUGCUUUUUCAAAUAUUCUUUGCCUUGAUCGUUUUCCUCGUAUCCAGGAAAUUUCAUCCCGGUUUCGGUACCACGGGGCACGAGGUAACAAGAUCAGGUUGCCGAAGAGGAUGGGAAUGGUGGCCUUCAAUCAUGUGGCAAAUCUUCUGGGCCUGGAUUUACGCCCCAAUCCUUCUUUGGAGAGUCCGAGGCAUUCGCGAUGUUCAUGGAUGGCGCUCACAGACCAUCGCUUGCAUUGUUGCUGGACUUCCUGCCUCACCAAUGUGGUUGAUUGCGUUAUAUGCCCGCGGCAUGAGGCCGGUGAACAAGUAUUUUGUGCCUCCCUUGUGGUUUUCGGCGUCUAUCGUGAUCAUGCAAGCCUCCGUUGUGUUUGUCCCUUUCUUUCAAAUUUUCAAGAAUCGAAAACUCGAGACCGAAACACGCGAAAUUAUUGCCGAAUGGGAAGAAAGACAGAAAUCUGAUGGAUCGCUCGCAUCAGGCUCGACAAAACCCGCAGCUCGGUCGAGGUAUUCAACACGUAGCUCGGUCAAGAGUGCCAAUCUUCAGCAUGGAGAGAUUUACACGAUGAGCGCUCUCGAGAAAACGUUGCGGCUCAAUCCCACUCCCCUGCUCAUGUUCUCUGCAUUAAGAGAUUUCUCUGGAGAGAAUAUUAGCUUCUUAAUUCAUGUGCGAGAAUGGAAGGCCAACUGGGGGUCCAGAACUCCCAAAUCGGGAUUGUUGCGCAAAAAAGAACCUGUCAAACCUCAUGACCAAGCCUUGAUCCGACAUCAAUUCAAACAAGCUGUUGGGAUCUAUUCUUCUUUUGUCAGCUUGAAAUACUCGGACUUCCCGAUUAAUAUCUCGUCAGCGCACCUUCGGGAGCUUGAAGCCAUAUUCGAACAAUAUGCGGCCUUGGUCUGCGGAGAACCAUCUUCAAAUGCUGCCACACCUUUCGAAAAUCAGUGGUCUUCGACAGUCUCAGAAGACUUGGAGAGUCAAACUGGCAAAGACCAGCUUUCGGUUGUGUCGAUUGUUAUCGGAGAAGGUCGAAGAGACGAAUUGAUACCUGACUCUAAUCGAACUCGACAAUUGCAAGAACUCAAGAUGACCAAUUUCGGCGAGAGACUGCCUGCAAGCAUUGUUAUUCCUGACACUUUUGAUCCUACGGUCUUCGACAAGGCGGAACUCAGUAUCAAAGAAUUAGUUUUAACGAAUACGUGGGCAAAAUUCGUCAAAGCUGGAUUUGCGCAGAAUACCGUCAAGUGGAGCUUUGCGGCUCAAUUUCAGGCGACAAUUGAUGCUUGUCGACAGAAAUUUCCCAAAUUUGUGCGCGGAUUACGGAAGUAA